AAUUUUAUUUUGAUGUGCUUAUCUUAGAAAUUGUAUUUACCGUAAACAAAACAAUGAAAUUAUGCUAAAUUUUCCAUUCGUUCAGACUUUAUUGCAGUAUACGUUUAAAGUUGGAAUUCGGUAUGUAUUGUGUACGCGGACUGGCUAAUAGUUGAAAAAUCUUAAUACUUCGGUUGUUGUUUCACUAUAAAUUUGUCCGAACAAGAUACCUUAUAAUAUUAUUGUUAUGACAAUUGUUUGCAGCCUCGUAGACUUUCGAUUAAGUUAAUUCGAUGUGUUUUUAACUACCUAGAUCAACAUGAAAAUUCUAUUUAGGAUCAUACUAUUGUUCGUCGCGUCAAGAUUAAUUCUGUGUUCGAUUCAUAAAAACCUCAAAUAUUUCGAUACUUUGCACGCCUCCGAUCUUUCCCAUAAUAUUGUAAAACGCGGUACGACCGAUAGCCCUCAUCCGCUCAACAAAAUUAGAGAAGUAUCGUUUUCGACAUUGGGAAGACAUUUUAGAUUGAUUUUAUCGCCUAAGAGAGGUUUGCUUCAUCAUCGUUUUGAAGCUUCUACUAUUGAUGGAGAAGGUGUCGAAACUCCAGUAGCCGUUGAUCAUGAACAUUUCUAUGAUGGUCGUGUAUUCGGAGAGACUAUUUCACAUGCCGGCGUACACUUGGACGAAGGUGUUAUGACUGCUAUUAUUGAUGUGCCCGGCGAAACUUAUCAUAUUGAACCACUAUGGAGACAUUUACCUGACAAAGACAAUAAAACCAUGGUUACGUAUAAAGCUUCGGACGUGCGCUUGAGUUGGGAACAGUCAGAAAAAAAACCGCAUAAACCGUGUGCUUAUGUAAAAGAGGACGCAGAAGUAGAAACCGUAGAUGACGAAGACAAAGACUUAGAUUCAAUAAUGAGAAGCAAGCGUGAGGCGGAAUCGUUUGAUUAUAUGGCGACUCCGACAAAAACACGUUGUCCAUUAUUGUUGGUGGCCGACUAUAGAUUUUUUAGAGAAAUGGGCGGAGGCGAUACAAAAACUACGAUAAACUAUCUGAUUAGUUUAAUUGAUCGUGUACACAAGAUUUACAAUGAUACGUUGUGGUUGGAAAGACAAGAAUCCGAUGGUUUCCGAGGUAUGGGUUUUGUUAUUAAGAAAAUCACAGUACACAGUGAACCGACCAAAGUACGUAGUUCAGAAGACCAUUACAACAUGAUCAGAGAGAAAUGGGAUGUUCGGUCGCUACUCGAGGUGUUUAGCAGAGAAUAUAGCCAUAAAGACUUCUGCUUAGCGCAUUUAUUUACCGACUUAAAAUUUGAAGGUGGUAUUUUGGGUCUGGCCUACGUCGGGUCACCCAGACGUAACUCGGUCGGAGGGAUUUGCACACCAGAGUAUUUCAAAAACGGAUACACACUGUACCUAAACUCUGGUCUCAGUUCGAGUCGUAAUCAUUAUGGCCAACGGGUCAUUACGAGGGAAGCGGAUUUGGUAACGGCUCACGAGUUUGGUCACAACUGGGGUUCUGAACACGAUCCAGACAUCAGCGAAUGCAGUCCAACGGCUAGCCAAGGCGGAUCGUUCCUCAUGUAUACAUACAGCGUUAGCGGAUAUGAUAUUAACAACAAGAGAUUUUCUCCAUGUAGCUUGCGGUCUAUACGAAAAGUAUUGCAAGCGAAAUCGGAACGUUGUUUUUCCGAACCGGAAGAAUCUUUUUGUGGUAAUCUCAGGGUCGAAGGCAACGAAGAAUGUGAUGCUGGGCUGUUGGGUACAGAAGACAACGAUUCAUGUUGUGACAAAAAUUGCAAGCUGAGGAGAGCACAAGGAGCUCGGUGCAGUGACAAAAACUCGCCUUGCUGCCAAAACUGUCAAUUCAUGGCGUCCGGAGUGAAGUGUCGCGAAGGACAAUUUGCUACUUGCGAACAGGAAUCACGUUGUACGGGAACCGGUCCCGAAUGUCCAAAGAGCCCAGCUAUGGCGGACGGCACUGGAUGUUUGGAACGGGGCAAAUGCCGCUCGGGCAAAUGUAUACCAUAUUGUGAAACGCAAGGCCUACAAAGUUGCAUGUGCGAUACAAUUUUGCACUCUUGUAAACGGUGCUGCCGGAUCAAUUUGAACGACACAUGCUAUCCUGUCGAUCCACCUGAUGUGUUACCCGAUGGGACGCCUUGUAUUCAAGGAUUCUGUAACAGAGGCGUUUGCGAAAAGACUAUUCAAGAUGUCGUCGAACGUUUUUGGGACAUCAUUGAAGAGAUUAACAUUAACAAAUUGUUGAGAUUCCUAAAAGACAACAUUGUCGGCACGGUCAUUUUGGUGACCGGUUUAAUAUGGGUGCCGGCUUCGUGUAUAAUCAAUUGGUUGGACCACAAGCGCGUGAACGAAGCGCGCGAAAGAAGAAGAUGGGAAGACCAAAAUGAAUUUUUGCAAAUGACCAACGAUGCCAGACCGAAGAAAAUAAUCUACAUAAAAGUGCCCGCGAGUCGUACCGCUACCAACAGACAAAUGUAAAUUUUACUCUACACUACUCAACUGCUGUGCAUUCAUUUGAAAGUUACAUUAGCUCUUUUAUAUAUUUUAGCCAUUUAAUUAUGAUUAUUUUUUUAAGUUACCUACCUAUUACAAAUCUUUUUGUUCCUAUUUGUUUAUUGCGUAAUUAAUUUAAUUGUUUUAUAUAAGUACUUAAUAAUCGUUUUUUGUAUGGUUUAUUGAAUUUUCGAAUAAUUAGUGGAAAAUAUUGUCUAGUCAAACCUGUGCAGUAUUAUUG